AAUUCUGCGCCUUUCGAUAGCAUCUUGGAAGAUUGCUGUACGUACUAUUGAAAUAGAAUGAAGUGGACUAAAACCCGAUAAUUAUCCAAAAUUGCUGUGCGACGGUCGUAUAAUCCACCAAUUGUACAAUGCACCGUAAUCUUGGUCAACUUUUCUACAGAGACGCUAAGGCUUAGAGAAUUACAUCGCAAGUUAGGUUUUGGAAUUACUGUAAUUAUCUGCUCACAAACAAUUUAGGACUUGCCUCUCAGGGAUGAAUGUGUGCUACCUUCUAACUUUCAAGUAGCCCGAACGACAAAGGCAAAAACGACAUUCCCUCUGUUCUAGGAGAAAAAUUGGAAAACAAAUUGAAGGAAAACGGUUCUCCUCAACCAACCCUAUCAAGCAGGGGAAAGACUCCAAAAUAGGCACAAGGCAGACGCAAAUGAACAACAGCUGCCAUUAUGAAAACCCCUACGACAAUCACCUUCAUACUUCUUCUUGUCACAAAUGUGCACGCCUCUUCCGAGAGUUUAUUCAAGCGCACGCUCUGCAGUCGAGCAGUUGAACCCCAGUUGAACACAACUACCAACUGCGGUGUUUAUGGGACCAUCACUCAACGAGGAGGCGGGAAGAUAAACAUGUGGCAAGUUGACCCUCCACCUCGUGUGAUCAAAUUAUCACAUAGAACAAUAACAUUAUGAAAAAGUUCUGACAAGUAUAGGCCCUCCCAACCCCUCCACUCGUCGCCAGAGGACUGCGGCGCCUACUGCCAACAACUAAUUGGCAAUUACUCGCAGUCGUUCAGUAUUCAAUCUAGUUCAAACAGCACUGGCUAUUCAUGCAGUUGCUACCAAUUUGGUGUUGGGGCACUGAAAUUGAAGAACGGGACAGAUGGAGAUUUGAAAACUGUAGCUUAUUAUGAUACUGCUUGUUUUUCUUUCUCAUCAUGUUGAACUUAAUCAUGAGCACCACUUGGCUGGAGGAUUGACGAUUGUUGCUGUUGCUGUUGCUGGGGAUUGUUGUUUAAAUCGAUACAGUACGCUUAAUAUUCGUUCAUACAAGCGAGAUGUGGAGGAUAAUCUGUGCUUCGCAUUUUGGGCAUCAGACCUUGCGCCCCUAUUACCUAGACGCUUGGCAAUCUGCAGCUAUUUAAGCUUAAAUAUUAGAUGUAAUGAUGUAUA